GUGACUUGUACAGAGAUAUUUUGGCACAAGUUUUGUUAUUCAAUUCAAUCACUGUCAGCAAUAACUUCUUUAUCUGCCAUUCACAGAAAGACAAAAAAAAAAAAUUCAAACUUUGCGUGAAAAUUCCCCACUUCACUCUCCCUCUACUUUGAAGAAGCUACAAGCUACCUCUAUAUUCUCUUUCAUUUUUACAGUACAGUUGAAAAUUCGUUCUAGAGAAUCUAUAAAGUUGCAAAGUUGUAAUGGAAGAACAAAAAAGCAUGAAAGACAACAAAACAACAAAAAACGAGUUUGUUCUUAGAAUUUCCAAUAAUGAACAAAACAGAGAUUUUGGACCUACCCAAGUUGUUGAAACAAGUUCAAAUUCUCCUCAGUUCAUUUCCAAGAUGGGUUCAUCUUCAUCUCCAAAAGGGUCACAUGCAGAACUCAUAGAGCUUGAAAAUCUUAGAACAACAAGCACUUUUUUUGGUCGGUCAGAAUUUUCAAAGCCAAAGUCAAGAAUGGUGGAACCAACAUUUCAAAAAGAUGCAAAAUUUGUUGAAGAAAAGACUCCAAGGGAAGUUCAUGAUGGAAGUGGAAGUGGAAAUGUUGUUACACCAAAAAACCCUUUGAUUGUUACUCCAAGAGAGGUUGAAGAAGAAGAUGAUGAUGAAGAAGAAGUGUACAAGAUUGCAGAAAUUGAAGUGAGUAAGAGAUCUAGUAAAAAGAAGAAAUUUUCUAGUUGGAUUGAGUUUUUAGCAUUUGUUUUAAUUUUAGGGUUUUUGAUUGCAAGUUUAAGGGUUCAUAAAUUGGAAAAUAAAGAAAUUUGGAGUUUAGAACUUUGGAAAUGGUGUGUGCUUACAUUGGUAAUUAUCUCUGGUAGAUUAGUCACUAGUUGGUUUAUCAAUGUUUUGGUUUUCUUAAUUGAAAGAAACUUUUUGUUUAAGAAGAAAGUUUUGUACUUUGUUUAUGGUGUUAGGAAGAGUGUUCAAGCUUUUGUAUGGUUUAGUUUGGUUCUUUUGGUAUGGAGUUUAAUUUUCCAUCAAGGUGUUAAGAGAACAAGAAAAGUUACUAGGAUUCUUGAAUACAUCACAAGGGCACUUGCAUCUUGUGUUAUUUCGGCUGCUAUAUGGUUAGCGAAAACAUUGUUGAUUAAGCUAUUGUCUUCAUAUUUUCAGUCAACUAGAUUUUUCGAUAGGGUUCAAGAAUCGAUUUUUCAUCAGUACAUACUUAGGACUCUUUCUGGUCCACCUUUGAUGGAGAUGGUUGAAACAGUAGGCAAGAGUUCGAGUAACGGCCGACUAAGUUUCAAGACUAAUAAAAAGAAAGGGAAGAAGGAACAAGAACAAGUUAUUGAUGUAGACAAGCUUAAGAAAAUGAAACAAGGGAAAGUUUCGGCUUGGACUAUGAAAGGAUUGAUUAAUGUUAUAAGGAGUUCUGGUUUGUCGACGAUCAGCUAUACACCAGAGAGCAUCUAUGAAGAAGUUAGUGACAACAAUGAUAAUGAAAUUAGAAGUGAGUGGGAAGCGAAGGCGGCUGCAUAUCGAAUUUUCAGGAAUGUUGCUAAGCCAGGAAGCAAGUACAUUGAUAAGGAAGACCUCUUGCGCUUCAUGAAAAUUGAAGAAGUGGAAAAUUUGCUUCCGUUAUUUGAAGGAGCGGAAGAGACUAGAAGAAUUAAGAGGAAGUCUUUGAAGAACUGGCUGGUGAAAGUCUACCUAGAACGCCGAUCACUUGUGCAUUCACUAAAUGAUACCAAAACGGCUGUUGAUGAACUGAAUAACCUUGCUUCUGCAAUUGUUCUUGUUGUCGCCAUUAUUGUUUGGUUUCUUGUGAUGGGAUUCUUAACAACCCAAGUUCUUGUCUUUAUUUCAUCACAACUUUUACUUGUGGUGUUUGUUUUUGGCAACACAGCUAAGACAACAUUUGAAGCUAUUAUAUUUGUUUUUGUGAUGCAUCCGUUUGACGUUGGUGAUCGAUGUGUCAUUGAUGGUGUUCAGAUGAUUGUAGAAGAGAUGAACAUAUUGACUACAAUCUUUUUGAGAUAUGACAAUGAAAAGAUAUUCUAUCCAAAUUCAGUUCUUGCAACCAAGCCAAUCAGUAACUUCUAUCGGAGUCCAGAAAUGUGUGAUUCAGUUGAAUUUGCUGUUGAUGUUUCAACUUCAAUAGAAAGUAUUGGAGCCUUAAAGGCUAGAUUAAAAGUAUACUUGGAAAGUAGGCCUCAACAUUGGCGUCCAAACCACAAUGUAGUGGUUAAGGAUAUUGAGAAUAUAAACAAGAUGAAAAUAGGUUUAUAUGUUACUCACACCAUAAACUUUCAGAAUUAUACGGAUAAGAACAUCAGAAGAUCUGAAUUAAUGCUGGAGUUAAAGAAAAUCCUUGAAGAUCUUGAUAUUAAAUACCAUCUGCUGCCACAAGAAGUACUUCUUAAUCAUGUAAGUUCACAAGACCAUAAGGCACAAAAAGCAUAAAAAUUGCCUUUCAUAGUUUCUUUUGUUUUGGGUGGUCGAAGGGCGCUAAAAACUCAAACUAGAAACCACGGGAACGAGGAAAUGUCAGCGACAAGAAACGGAGAAAUAAAUGAAGGACCAAUAUCGAAGACCUUACAAUCCGUAUAUAAAUUAUUAGUACCAAAAUUAGCUAACUUGUCAGCAAGUUGAUUAGAUUCGCCUCUUUCAUAAUUUGAUAUAUUCUUUCAUUGGGUGCAAGCAUGUAACAGAAAUUUUAUGAGCUAGAAUUUAUCCUAAACAAAUAGUUUAACUCUCUUUCUGGUAUAUAUUGCAUUACAAAAAAAAAUUAUGAGCUAAAUCUCAACUUUUUAUCAAGUUGUUUUCCAUUACUUUGGACA